GGGGAUUUUGACUGGGAGACAGAACUAGCUGAUGCGGCAUGCGAUUAUUGACACGACUGCUGAGCAGUGCGAUCGCCACUAAAUCGGCAAAUUUAGCUUUCAGGAAGUCCUGUUUCAGCACAAAACCACCCAGCGUGCCCGCGUGGGGCUCUAAAAAGAGCAACCGUUCUGUGAAGUUAAACUUCCCACUAUCCAUAAUGGCAGAUCCGAAAACAGAGGAGAUUUUGGCACCUUUCCGGGCUUCCGUCAAAGAGCAGGGCGAUAUUGUACGGUCAUUGAAGGAGAGCGGUGCACCUGAACUUGAUGUGAAAAAGGCUGUCGCUGAGCUCAAGUUGAGGAAGAAGAAGCUCGAAGACAAAGAACUUGCGUUGGCUCCUGCUUCAGCCUCAUUUGAUCGAGCAAAGAUGGAAGAUCUCCUUAAAAGAAGAUUUUUUUAUGAUCAAUCAUUUGCAAUUUAUGGUGGUAUAACUGGCCAGUUUGACUUUGGACCUAUGGGGUGUGCCUUCAAAACCAACAUUCUGAAUUUGUGGAGAAAAUUCUUUGUUUUAGAAGAGCAGAUGUUGGAAGUGGACUGCUCGAUUUUGACCCCAGAACCUGUUCUCAAAGCCUCUGGACAUGUUGAUCGUUUUGCAGACCUUAUGGUGAAAGACCUGAAAACUGGAGAAUGCUUCCGUCUGGAUCAUCUCAUUAAAGCGCACUUGGAGAAGGUGGCUGCCGAGAAAAAGACAUCGGUAGAAACUAAGGCAUUGUGCGAAGACAUUAUCGUCAAACUUGACGGAAUGAAUAAAGACGAGAUGAAUGGUGUCUUGCAAAAGUUCAAUAUCAAGUCUCCAUUAACUGGGAACGAUUUGACUGAACCCAUUGAGUUUAACUUGAUGUUUGGAACCCAAAUUGGACCGUCUGGGCUGAUUAAAGGUUUUUUGCGUCCAGAGACUGCCCAAGGCAUAUUUGUCAACUUCAAACGCCUGCUGGAGUUCAAUCAAGGGCAUCUUCCAUUUGCUGCUGCACAAAUUGGCAACUCGUUCAGAAACGAGAUUUCACCUCGAUCAGGGCUCAUAAGAGUCAGAGAGUUUACUAUGGCUGAAAUUGAACAUUUCUGUGACCCUAACAACAAGAGUCAUCCAAAGUUUGAGACGAUCAAAGAUACCAAAAUGCUAUUUUACUCUGCUUGCUCUCAAAUGGAUGGUAAACCAGCCGAACACCACACCAUAGGAGACGCUGUAGCUACUGGCUUGGUUGCUAACGAAACCUUGGGCUAUUUCAUGGCCAGGAUCCACCUCUUCAUGGUAAAGGUGGGGGUUGAUCCACUGAAAUUGCGCUUCAGGCAACACAUGGGCAAUGAGAUGGCUCACUAUGCUUGCGACUGCUGGGAUGCCGAGUGCCUUACAUCUUAUGGUUGGAUUGAGUGUGUUGGAUGCGCAGAUCGCUCAGCGUAUGACUUGACUCAGCAUACAAAAGCCACUGGCGUAAAGCUUGUGGCUGAGAAGAAGCUGAAAGAACCGAAAGUGGUUGAUGUUGUUGAACCAAAUAUCAACCAAGGUUUGGUUGGAAAAACUUACAAAAAGGACGCCAAACUGAUCGUCGAAGUGCUCAACCGACUUGACACUGAAGGCCUUCAUCAACUUGAGGAAGCCCUCGAUUCAGAUGGUGAGUACCUAAUUGAUGCUGGAGGAAACUCCUUCAAAAUCACAAAGGACAUGGUGAAAAUCAAGAAAGGCCAAAAAACAGUUCACACGGAAGAGGUUGUGCCAAAUGUAAUUGAACCAUCCUUUGGCAUUGGACGUAUCAUGUACUCGGUGUUUGAGCAUAACUUCCGCAUGAGAGAGGGAGAUGAGCAGAGAACCUUUUUCUCUCUUCCCCCGCAAGUUUCUCCUAUCAAAUGCUCCGUCUUACCUCUAAGCAACAAGCCAGAGUUCAAUGUUUUUGUCCGCAAGCUUUCUCAAGAGCUAACAUCUUAUGAUGUGUCUAACCGUGUUGACGACUCAUCUGGCUCCAUUGGUCGCCGCUAUGCUCGCACUGAUGAAAUUGCCAUCCCAUUUGGCAUCACCGUCGAUUUUGAUUCCUUGAAAGAGCCUCACUCAGCCACUUUGAGAGACAGGGAUUCGAUGAGUCAAGUCAGGAUUCCACUUGAUGACUUGUCCAGAGUUGUGAGCGAUCUAACCUUUGAAAGAAUCCAAUGGACAGACGUUGCUGCUAAAUAUCCUAAAUUUGAGCAGCAAGAAGCAACAAGAGAAGCCUAAGUCAACUGUUACUGUUGCUUGGACAAAUAAAUUAUUAAUUGCAAAA